UCAACUCCAUAUAUACACAUGCUCUCAUUGAGACAUAAUUAAAUAGAAACAAAAGGAAAAAGACUCACCAAAUCAUCAUGUCUCAAUUCCAUCACUUGCAAACACAUGGUGGCAUUGCUAGCCCAACCAUGGAACAACUCCUCCGAGACGGGGAUGCUUCAAGAUGGCCUCCAACACAAGCAUCUCCAGUGCUCGGAAAGGACCAUGACCUCGAAGAUGAUAUUGAUCACCAUCAGAAGAAAUCAGUUUUCACCAAGGUAAAGGAAAAAGCAAAGAAACUGAGAAAUUCACUCAGCAACAAGAAGAGGCACGGUGAAGAUGAGAACAUUACACCGUCGUGGGGUUAUAACUUGGAUGAGGAGGAAGAAGAGGAGGAAGGCGUCGAUGCUGAAUAUCUUGGAGCCCCAAUGUAUGAAUCAGAGCUCGCACCAGAGGACUGCAAAGAGAAUGCUAGGCAGCAUCCUCGAGCAGAUCCUGUGAUUGCUGAGAGUCAUACUUUAGCAAAUACCAUAAAACUUGCCUUUGGACAUAACGAAAAACCUUCCAACUCUCCAGAGACAUUGUCUCAAAUGGAUGUCGAGUCAUCCAUUGGUAAUAGCAAGACAUCGGAUGAAACUACAACUGCAAAUAGUGCCAUGAAGAACAUACAAGAAAAGGAGGUUGCUAAGCUUUCAAGUCCAACCAAGACACUAACUGAAACUGUGACUGAGAAGUUGGCACCAGUUUAUUCCACUGUUACUGAUGCUACUCAUGCUAUUGCUUCAAAGAUCCAGAGCCUCACCAUCUCUGCUCCGUCUGACUCAUCAACUCCAAAAAAAGCUUCUUCCCCAACAAUUCAAAGCUCUGACCCAAUAGCUACGCAAGCACCAAGUUUGAAUAAAGGAACUGAGCAGGUAUGGGAUAAAGGAGUUUCAGUAAAGGAGUACUUGAUGCACAAGUUUGAGCCAGGUGAAGAUGAAAGAGCACUUUCUCAGGUUUUGUCCGACGCACUGAGUCCGAGAGCAAAGCCUGGUGUAGGUGUGGUAGAGAAGGUGAGGGAAGCAGUAAAUUCUAUGUUGCGAGCUGGGGAUGAACCACAGCCAAAGUCUACGCAUUUGACUGCAAAAUCUUCGUCACAGGUUGAAGUGGCACCACAACCAGUGGCUGCACACUCAGUUGCGAAAUCUUCAUCAAGGGCUGAGAAGGCACCAGAGCUAGUGGCUGCAAAAUCAGUGCGAGCUGAAUCGACACUGCAAUCAUUGGCUGCAAAACCUUCAUCCUCAGUGAAGAAGACUCAACGGGCGGUGGCUGCAAAAUCUUCAUCACAUGCCGAGGUGGCACCACAAGCAAUUCUGGCAGUACAUUUGACUCCAAAAUCUUCACCACAGGCCAAGGCAGCACCACAGGCAAUACUGGCUACAAAUUUGGCUGCAAAACCUUCCCCACGGGCCAAGGCAGCGCCACAGGCAAUACUGGCUACACGUUUGACUGCAAAACCUUCCUUACCAGCUGAAGCAACACCACAUCCGAUGGUUACACACUUAGCUGCAAAACCUUCCUUACCAGCGGAGGCAACACCACAACCAAUCGUUACACAUUUGGCUGCAAAACCUUCCUUGCCAGCGGAGGCAACACCACAACCAAUAGUUACACAUUUAGCUGCAAAAUCUUCAUCAAGCGCGCCGAUCUUUACCACCACCCAUAGAGGUGAGUUUCUGCAACUUCCUGUUUCUACUUUUACAGCCUGUGACAUGCAUGUGCACAUAAUACAUAAUAUAACAUAAUAAAGAAAUACUUCUCUCUAAUGCAGUGGCUGAGGAAGAAAACCUCGAAAGAAUACUCCAAGCAAAUUAAUGGAUAUAUGCAGCACAUCAGAAGUUCUAGACACAGACACCAAACAAUAAAAAUUUACAACUAUAUUUAUCUUCAUUUGUUUGAUUUUGUUCAGUUGUAUUGUACCAAUAACAAUAAAAUACUUCUUCAGUAUUUUUAUUUCAGAUUGAUGUGAAGAAUGCAAGGGAUGCUUGUGUUUAAAUUUUGAUUUUCCUCAUACGUUCAGAAAUGUACUCUGAUGGGUUUGUUUUGAACUUUUAAUAAGGAAUGUUUGUUUCUAUAAAUAAGGUAGUAAGGAAGGGCUUUUGUGAAUUCAUAGUUUCAAACUUCGAACUUUUUUAUCGUUUUAAA